GGAAAAGAUGUCGGUAAAGUGGAGGGCGAGUCUCCUGGCCUGCGAGGGCCUCUCGGGCGUUUGUCUCGUGCCAACCGUGGCCAGCAAGAAGAUGAUGCCCAAGCCGAGCGCCAAGGCCGAGAACGGCGAGCGAGGGGGCAGCCCGGACGUCCUGGGGCUCCGCGCGGCUGCGGAGAAAUCCCGGAGCCGCAAGGAGGACGAGGGGACCAAGGCGGCGCAGCCCAAAAAGUCCCUUAAAAAGGUCGUGGUGAUCGAGCAGAACGGCUCCUUCCAGCUGCUCAGUGACCAGCAGAGGAACUUCAUCUGCGAGCACUGCUUCGGGGCCUUCCGCAGCAGCUACCACCUCAAGAGACACGUCCUCAUCCAC